UUGGCCGCCCAGGGGAGGGAUAAUGGGACAGACUGUGAGUAAUUAGAAAAAAAGAGAAAAUUCAAAGUAGAGCCGCCCCACGCGUGGGAAGACAGAAGCGUAGGAGUGGAGAAAGUGGCACAGACCGGAGAGCCCUGAGACACUCUGGAGCCCAGAAGAAGGUCGUGUUGGAAAGCUGGCAACAGCGGGUGGUCUAGGGAGCGGCGAGAGGGCAGGCUAGGUGCGGGGCGGGCAGUAUGUCGUCAGGAGCUGGGCGGCCCCGCGGCGGCCGGGCCGCGUCUGCCUAGCCCGUCCCCUCCAGCCCAGCUCGGGCUCCUUCGCCCCAGCUCCGACGGUGAGCUCUCCCGGGGCAAGGUAGAGCCCCGCGAGCCCCGCCCCACUCCGCACACUUUCGCACCAGGGCAGAAGGGCCGCGGAAGGGGCCGCUCCGCCGGCUGGGUGAGGGCUGCGGCGUCCGGAGGAGGAAGCGUUGACAGCUGGAACCGGCUGCUGGAAGGGUUUGCGCUGGAUCGCGGGAGCUGCCGGAGGGCUGCGCAAGACCCGGAUCCAGAAAGCAACGUGUGACGGGGAGAGCGGAGCAGAGUGAAGACAGAGAGACCUUACUGUGCUGUUGGGAGCGAGAGCCUCACUCGGCUGCUUCCAGUUGUCCAAGUUAUCCCAGCCCACGACUUCUUUGAGCUUCAGGUGCCAUUCUCCCUGUUACAGGUGUAAUUAUUUUAAGCCACGGGCCCUUCACGCGAAGUGUGGAACCCAGUUAGAUCUGACUCCUCAACAGCCCUCAACGACUUACUUCUCUAAAAUAUGUAAUUACUGUUGUUGCUGAUAUUAAAUAAUUAAGGUUUACCCUCCGAAAAACAAACGCAAUAGGCUGUACUACCGGGCUCUGUUUGUGCUAUACCUUAAGAAGAGAAAAAGGAUGGCCAAAGAGAAGGGGCUAAUCAGCCCAGAAGACUUUGCUCAGCUGCAGCAAUACAUGGAAUACUCCACCAAAAAGGUCAGUGAUGUUCUGAAGCUCUUUGAGGAUGGUGACAUGAACAGAUUUUGCCAAGAAGAUGUCAUUGGCUACGUGGGAUUUGAGCAUUUCCUGAAACUCUAUCUGGAAGUGGAUGAAGUCCCCCAUCACCUCUGCUGGUCUCUGUUUUGGUCCUUUCACGCUAGUCAAAGCUUAGAAGUGACUAAGUCAAAAGGCAAUGUGAUUUGUCUCAGUGAUGUCUCCUGCUACUUCUCCCUCCUGGAGGGUGGCCGGCCAGAAGACAAGCUAGAAUUCACCUUCAAGCUGUACGACUCGGAUAGAAACGGGAUCCUGGAUAGCUCGGAAGUAGAAAGAAUUAUCCACCAGAUGAUUCGAGUGGCCGAAUAUCUAGACUGGGAUGUGUCCGAGCUGAGGCCGAUCCUCCAGGAGAUGAUGAAGGAGAUCGACUACGAUGGCAGUGGCUCUGUCUCCCUAGCUGAGUGGGUCCGGGCUGGCGCUACCACUGUGCCGCUGCUUGUGCUUCUGGGUGUUGAUAUGACGCUGAAGGAUGAUGGGGUACACAUGUGGAGACUCAAGAGAUUCCCCAGACCAGUCUACUGCAACCUAUGCGAGCUGAGCAUUGGCCUUGGCAAACAGGGCCUGAGCUGUAACCUCUGUAAGUACACUGUUCAUGACCACUGUGCCAUGAAGGCCCAGCCUUGUGAAGUCAGCACCUAUGCCAAGUCUCGGAAAGACAUUGGUGUCCAGUCACAUGUGUGGGUUCGAGGAGGCUGUGAUUCUGGACGUUGUGACCGCUGCCAGAAAAAGAUCCGCAUCUACCACAGCCUCACAGGACUGCAUUGUGUGUGGUGCCACCUGGAGAUCCAUGACGACUGUCUGCAGGCUGUGGGGACCGAGUGUGACUGUGGGCCGCUCCGUGAUCAUAUCCUGCCUCCGUCUUCCAUUUAUCCCACAGUUCUGGCAUCUGUACCAGAUCGCAAGCUGAAGACCGCAGAUGACGCAAGCCUGUCUACCAUUGAUGCUCUUCGGAUUGACCCUGUUUCUAACACCCAUCCGCUUCUAGUCUUUGUCAAUCCUAAGAGUGGAGGGAAGCAGGGGCAGAGGGUGCUUUGGAAGUUCCAGUAUAUGCUAAACCCUCGGCAGGUGUACAACCUGAAGAAUGGUCCAGAGCAAGGGCUCAAAUUUUUCAGAGACGUUCCUCAAUUCCGGGUAUUGGUGUGUGGUGGAGACGGCACAGUAGGCUGGAUUCUAGAAAGCAUUGACAAAGCCAACUUUCCGGUUGUGCCUCCUGUUGCUGUGCUGCCCCUGGGCACUGGAAAUGAUCUGGCUCGUUGCCUAAGGUGGGGAAGAGGUUAUGAAGGUGAGAAUUUGGGAAAGAUCCUCAAGGACAUAGAGACGAGUAAGGUGGUAUAUCUCGACCGGUGGCUCCUGGAAGUAACACUCCAAGCAAAUGAGAAGAGUGACCCCGUCCCCUCUCAGAUCAUCAAUAACUACUUCUCCAUUGGUGUGGAUGCUUCAAUUGCUCACCAGUUCCAUGUCAUGCGAGAGAAAUAUCCCGAGAAGUUCAACAGCCGAAUGAAAAACAAGUUGUGGUACUUGGAAUUUGCCACAUCUGAAACUAUCUUCUCAACAUGCAAGAAACUGGAAGAGUCUUUAACAGUUGAGAUCUGUGGAAAGCCGCUGGAUCUCAGCGACCUAUCCCUAGAAGGCAUUGCAGUACUGAAUAUCCCAAGCACACACGGUGGCUCCAACCUCUGGGGUGAUAUCAGGAGACCUCAGGGGGAUACUUCUUCUAUCAACCAGGCAUUAGGCAGUACGGCCAAAAUAAUUACAGACCCCGAUAUCCUGAAAACCUCCGUGCCAGACAUGAGUGACAAGCGGCUAGAAGUAGUAGGAAUAGAGGGUGCAAUUGAGAUGGGCCAGAUCUAUACCAAGCUCAAGAGUGCUGGACAUCGGCUGGCCAAGUGCUCUGAGAUUACAUUCCGAUCAAGAUCACCUAUAAGAACCAGAUGCCUAUGCUUAUGGGCCCAGCCCCCAACUCCAACAAUUUCUUUGGCUUUUGGAGCUGAGGAUACCCUCUGCCUUGAGCCCGCCUCGUUGUUCCUGGAGAUUUCCCUCUGUGCUCUGUACAUUGCUGCCACGCCCUCCUGUCAGCCCUGAAGGAUGUUUCUUCAUUUCCACAGUAUUUAUUACCCUGUACCACCUCAUUGUUCCCAGAUGCUCACUCACACAGAACCAAAAACGCGUAACACUGAAAGUGCCUCAUCUAAUAAAGUAUU